GGUGUAUCGGUUGUGACUAGUUAGACACGCAGAAGUUCCGGUUUAUAAUACUUGGUUUUACGUUUUGAGAUUGAAGGUUCAAAUAUCAAUGGGAAUCUUGCAUGUUUUAUAACAUCUUUGUGACAGCAGUCACAGUGCUAACUUCCCCCAAGACUGAGAGAGACCAGGUCGAGAGUAGCUUAUACUCCGACGGUCAGUUACAGAUCAGUUUCGACGCUCUAAUAUUUAUUAUAUAUCCACUUAAUAAACUUGUAACUGUCAGUGCCUUUGUUGGGAUUCUGCCCCACAUUUUGGAGCUGCCAGUGUUACAUUAACUAUGGGAUAUCACCGCUCAAACAGACCAUUUACAUUCAAUAAAUGAUACAGCCUAUGGACAAUAAUCGCACUCGUACAUCAUAUCACUUACGUCGAAAAUUAUCGUAGGGUGACAUGUAGAAAUUUUGUCGAUUACAUAUCAGUUAACUCAUCGGGACACUGUUGGCAACAGGUCUAUACAUUGACCAUGUCUUUUGACUUUUCGGGCAAGUCGGUUUUGGUAACAGGAGCAACUCGUGGUAUCGGUCUCGGACUAACUCGAGCUCUUGUGAAAUAUGGAGGGACAGUAUAUGCACUUGGUAGUAACAAAGAGCUGCUCGAUGCUCUCAUUGAAGAAUAUGGAGAUCGCGUUAUUUCGGUGCAUGUGAACCUGGUCGAUUGGGGCGCCACCAGAGCCGCUCUUGAGCAGCUUCCACCGAUGAACGGACUUGUGAACAACGCUGGGGUUUCAUAUGCAUGGGUUCCAUCACUGGACGCUCCGAAGGAUAUCAUUGAUAAAACACUUUCAGUCAACCUUAUGGCCCAGAUAAACGUUACGCAGGUGAUCGGGAAGAAAAUGGUUGAAGCAGGAAAUGGUGGAUCGAUUGUGAAUGUUUCAAGUAUCAACGGAAUAAAACCAAUGCGAGAGUGCAUGGCCUACAAUCUAUCGAAGGCUGCGCUUGAUAUGAUGACCAAGCAGUUUGCCUUGGAGUUAGGGCCAAAUAAAAUACGAGUAAAUUCCGUCAACCCCACUGUGGCGCUGACUGACAUGGGCAAGGAGUUCUGGAGUCAUCCGCCGGAGAAAGGGGCCAAACUCAAGGACCACACGCCAUUGGGGAGGUUUGCGGAGGUGGAAGAAGUGGUGCAGCCAAUAUUGUACCUGCUUAGCGACUACUCAAGUAUGGUCACCGGAACCAUUAAUCCGAUCGAAGGCGGACUGCUUUCAAACAUUUCCGUGUAAUAUGCCACAGUUAUUAAGAUUACGACACACAGACUUCAGGAUGUAAUGCAAUAACGUGUGUUCGAUGACUGAGUGCUGAUUGUUCAUUAUGUUUAAAUUUUUAGAUAUUUCUAGAGUGUAGAUUAGUUGUCUGACGAUUUGUCUUUAUUUUCAUGUACUGAAUCCAUGUACGCAUGUUUAUUAUAAAACAAUAUUAAAUUGUUUUAACGCAAUCAAAUGAAAAGUCACUGUCAAUCCUUGACAGGCCGUGGACUGGUUAUCUCCACCCGCGGUACUGAUAAGACUGUUUUAGCCUCAUUAAAUUGAUAACGUGUUUCAAAUACACCCAAUAUGACAUGUAUUUGAUAAACAUCUUUUAAGCAUUUGAGCAAAUGUGUGUACCCACUUAAAUUAUUGAUUAAAUGGUCUAUUCAUAAAAUACAUGUAGUAAAAAUAAGAAUGUUUGUAUGUAACUGGAACGCACUGUCUCACGAGGACAAAAUGGGUAGUCUAUUUAUAAGUAUUACGAUUGUUAUAAAGUUUCAUUUCGGAUUUCAAACCUUAAUUCGAACUAAGUACUUUGUCCGCAAUAGACAUAAUGCGACAAAGGGUGGCCUUGUGAAAAACUUAUCUGCCGUUACAAAUGGUCAUUAUAUAUUACAACAAGACAGAUUUCCAAAGUUGUUUUGCGUUCGGGGGAAAACAUGAAUUUUGAUUAAUAUUUAACUCCAAAACUUUAUGUUACCGGAUUGCAACAUGAAUGUGUGGAAUCAGUCACAGAGUCCAUUUUUUGUAAGUAAUAUCAAUAUAGAGACAAGUUAUCCUCUUAUCAAAAUAUUUGUAAUACUGGUUGCCAGUAGAAAAGUUAAAAUGCAAUUGUCAUUGUUAAAAUAUGCUCCAAAAAAAAAAAUACAUUGAAUGUUAAUGUUUUCGAUUCAAAGCGUUUUCGUUUUGUCAAUAAGAGAGGUCAAUAUAGUAUAAAAUGCCA